AUGGCGAAGUCGCCGUCGACGUCAUCCCUAGACGAAAAUGAGAAGGAGAAGGAGUUUGGCCUAGUGGAUCCACAGGCUGCAGCAGAAAAUCCCACAGAAUACGAGCCAAUACGCUCAGAACCCCAAGAGAAGAUUGUCGAAACUGGUGAUAGCCAUGGCUCAAAAGGUCGUCUGGCGAGAUUACAAUCAUCCACAAGCGCAUACUCGGAAACGAGCGACGCUGAGACGGACACCACAAGGUCAAUAAGGAAGAAGAAACCAUUUUACAAACGACUGAAUUUUCUGAAGAGGAACCCUCCACCCGUCCCCAAGCAACGCGUUGUAUGUCCUGAAUACACGGCAGGGCUUUUCAGUCGACUUUCGUGGCAAUGGAUGCAGCCGUUGAUGGCCGUGGGCUAUAAACGGCCGCUGGAGAAUAAUGAUCUUUGGAUGGUCAACCCCGAUAGAAGCGCUGAUGUUUUGGCCGAGAGGCUGGAGGCUGCCUUCAAAAGACGGAGAGAGCAAGGCGCAGAUAGGCCUUUAUUAGGCGCCAUGUUCGACACGUUCAAAUGGGAGUUCAUCAUUGGAGGUCUGUGCCAACUGACAGCAUCCGUCAUACAGGCCGUCGCGCCUUUUGUCCUGCGCUACCUCAUUACUUUUGCUGCAAGAGCGUACGUUGCUGAGAACGUCGGUGGCCCUGCGCCGCAUAUCGGAGAGGGUAUCGGCCUGGUAAUUGGAAUCACAGCAAUGCAGUUCUUCCAAAGUUUGGCGACCAACCACUUCAUGUACCGCGGUAUGAUGAUUGGUGGCGAGGCUAGAGGCGUUCUGAUUGCUCUCAUCUUCAACAAAGCAAUGAAACUAUCUGGGAGAGCCAAGGCAGGCGGAGCAGCGAUACUCGACGCUCCGCCCGCUGAUAUCAAGCCAGGAAGCGAAGCAGAGGUGAAAUGGUACAAGAAAAUGUUGAAGAAGAAGGAUCCGAAAAAGGCACCGAAAUCCGCUGCGGGUGUAGCGGGCGACGGCGAAGGAUGGGGCAACGGUCGAAUUGUCAAUUUGAUGUCCACCGAUACAUAUCGUGUCGACCAAGCCAGUGGCUUCUUCCAUAUGAUUUGGACAGCUCCUAUCGGCAUUCUGAUCACCACUGCAUUGCUUCUUGUCAACUUGAAAUAUAGCGCUUUGCCUGGUCUCGGUCUCAUCCUCAUUGCUAUGCCCCUUCUUGGCCGCGCUGUCAAGACGCUGUUCCGCCGAAGAGUAGUCAUCAACAAGGUUACCGAUCAACGUGUCAGCCUCACACAGGAAAUUCUACAGGGCGUCCGCUUCGUCAAGUACUUCGGAUGGGAGACGAGCUUUUUGGAACGCAUCCAGGCCAUUAGGAAAAGGGAGAUUCACGGCAUUCAGAUUCUGCUUACAAUCCGAAACGCUGUGCUGUCGGUUGGAAUGUCAAUGCCCAUCUUCGCCUCGAUGAUCUCAUUCAUAACCUAUUCCCAGGUCAACGCUGAUCUCAACCCCGCGCCUAUCUUCUCAUCGCUGGCCUUGUUCAACUCGAUGCGUAUCCCGCUUAACUUCCUCCCGCUAGUCAUCGGCCAAGUCAUCGACGCAAACGCCUCCAUCGAUCGUAUUCAGGAGUUUCUCCUCGCAGAAGAAGCCGAAGAGAGCGGGAAAUGGGAUUAUGAUUCCAAGGAUGCUGUGGUGUUGAAGGGCGCUGACUUUACUUGGGAGCGUCACCCAACACAAGACCCGGAAGAUGGCCCCCCUGGAAAGAAAGCGGAUGCGAAGAAAGACAAGAAGGAAAAGAGAGCAAGUGUGAAGCCACCACAAUCAAGUGGAGAUACGACACCUUCAGAUACGACCGUUGUGGAAGAAGAGAAGCCUUUUGAGAUCAAGGGGCUCAACCUCACGUUUGGCCGGAACGAACUUGUAGCCAUCAUUGGUGGCGUCGGUUCUGGAAAGAGUUCGCUACUUGCGGCUUUGGCUGGUGACAUGCGCAAGACCAGUGGUGAGGUUAUUUUCGGUGCCUCACGUGCAUUCUGUCCGCAGUAUGCUUGGAUCCAGAACGCAACUGUACGGGAGAAUAUCAUUUUCGGCAAGGAAUUCAACAAGAGAUGGUAUGACCAAGUUGUGGAUGCUUGUGCUCUUCGCCCGGAUCUGGAUAUGCUGCCCCACAACGAUGCGACGGAGAUUGGUGAACGUGGUAUCACGGUAUCAGGCGGACAGAAACAGCGCAUGAACAUCGCUCGGGCUAUCUACUUCAAUGCAGAUAUUGUACUCAUGGACGAUCCUCUGAGUGCUGUUGACGCGCAUGUAGGUCGUCACAUCAGGGACAACGCCAUCUGCGGUCUGCUCAAGGACAAGUUCCGUCAGGUCAAGGCUGUGGAUACAUUCGACAACCUCAUGGCACACAACGCGGACUUUGUGCAGGUCAUGAGUUCUACUUCCAAGGAAGAAGAAAAGGAGAAGGAGGAGGAAGUGGAUGAGGAUGAGGUGGAAGCAGAGGUGAAGAGCACAAAAAAGCAGAGAAAGCAAAAGAAGCAGGCUGCGCUUAUGCAACAGGAAGAACGGGCAACGAAGAGUGUCAGCUGGGAAGUCUGGAUCGAAUACAUCAAAGCAGGAGGCGGUAUCUGGGUCGGACCACUCAUUUUCAUCCUCCUUGUCCUCUCCCAAGGAGCUAACAUUGUCACAUCUCUGUGGCUCUCGUACUGGACUUCGGACAAAUUUGGCUACUCAAAGGGAGCCUACAUUGGCGCUUACGCUGCGUUCGGUCUCAGCCAAGCGAUCUUCAUGUUCCUGUUUUCCUUCUCAGUGUCCAUUUUUGGAACCCGAGCUGGAAAGGUCAUGCUGCACCGAGCCAUCACCCGGGUCUUGCGCGCGCCCAUGUCCUUUUUCGAUACGACACCGCUAGGUCGCAUUACGAACCGCUUCAGCAAAGAUAUCGAUGUGAUGGAUAACACCAUUACGGACUCGAUUCGCAUGUACUUCUUGACGUUGGCCAUGAUCAUCUCAGUCUUUAUCCUCAUCAUUUCGUACUACUACUUUUAUGCGAUCGCUCUUGGUCCCCUCUUCCUCCUCUUCAUGUUCUCCGCCGCCUUCUACCGAUCAUCGGCUCGCGAAGUCAAGCGCCACGAAGCAGUCCUUCGCAGUACAGUGUUUUCACGCUUCGGCGAAGCAGUCAUGGGUACGGCCACUAUCCGCGCAUAUGGCCUACAAGACCAAUUCUCCAAGACGGUCCGCGCGGCUGUGGACGACAUGAACAGUGCCUAUUACCUUACGUUUGCCAAUCAACGCUGGCUAAGUGUUCGCCUCGAUCUUGUUGGUAUUCUGCUCGUCUUUACAACUGGUAUCCUGGUUGUCACGAGUCGUUUCUCCGUUAAUCCCAGCAUUGCCGGUUUGGUCCUCUCAUACAUCCUCACCAUUGUACAAAUGAUCCAGUUUACGGUUCGUCAGCUUGCAGAGGUGGAGAACAACAUGAACUCGACUGAACGCAUUCACCAUUACGGAACCCAGCUGGAAGAAGAAGCGCCGCUGCAUAUGGGUGAGGUGCGCCCAACCUGGCCCGAGCAUGGCGAAAUUGUCUUCGAUAAAGUGGAAAUGCGAUAUCGUGCCGGGUUACCUCUGGUUCUCAAGGGUUUGAGCAUGCAUGUCCGUGCUGGCGAGCGCAUCGGUGUUGUUGGUCGUACUGGAGCAGGCAAGUCGUCAAUCAUGUCGGCGCUAUUCCGGCUGCAAGAACUUUCCGGUGGUUCGAUUGUUAUUGACGGCGUCGACAUUGGCAAGAUUGGUCUACACGAUUUGCGCUCUAAGCUGGCCAUUAUUCCCCAGGAUCCGACGCUCUUCAAGGGCACAAUUCGCUCAAACCUGGACCCGUUUCAUGAGCACUCGGAUCUGGAGCUUUGGUCUGCUCUACGGCAAGCCGAUCUCGUCUCCAAUGAACAGGAAAUGGAGGAUCACACGAGCAGGAUACAUCUUGACAGCAUAGUGGAGGAAGAGGGACUGAACUUUUCGCUGGGUCAAAGACAGCUGAUGGCCUUGGCACGCGCCCUCGUUCGUGGUUCCCAGAUUAUUGUCUGCGACGAAGCCACUAGCUCGGUGGACUUUGAGACGGAUGCGAAGAUUCAGAAGACUAUUGUACAAGGUUUCAAGGGCAAGACACUGCUUUGCAUUGCUCAUAGGUUGAAGACGAUUAUAAACUACGAUCGAAUUUGCGUCAUGGACGCGGGACUGAUUGCGGAGCUCGACUCGCCACUCAAGCUGUACGAUCAGGGUGGCAUAUUCAAGGGCAUGUGUGACCGGUCUGGUAUCAAGAGGGAAGAAAUAGCUGGGGCAAACUAG